AUGGCAACUUAUACGGAGUCGAAUGGCGCCCAAUCCUCCCGUCAGCCAAUAGACGAGGAAGCAAACUCAAAUUCAAACGAUGAUUCCAUCAAAGCCGGGAGCAAGGGCGAGCGGCCAGCCUGCUUCAGGUCCACCAUCCAGGAGUGUAUCUUUGUCGCGACGACGACAAUGGCAAUCGGACAGGCAACUUUUUUCACCGGGAUAAAUAUCGGUAUCUCAGCCUCCAUCGGGAACGCUCUGAACAUGACAUCUGCGGAGAUCACUUGGAUCACGGCGGGGGCUUCACUCAGCAGCGGGGCGUUUCUUCUCUCCUUUGGCAAAUUGGCCGACCUCUUUGGCCGAAAGGCCAUGUUCGUCACCUCUAUGCUGGCCUUCACUGUUGCUGUUCUCGCUGCCGGCUUUGCUCCGAAUGCACUGUUUCUCGAUAUCUUCUCCGGCCUCGUCGGGCUUUGCUCGGCAGCCGUCGUCCCACCCGCCGUAGGCGCCCUGGGAGCUGCCUACGAUAAGCCCUCGAAGCGGAAAAAUAUCGCUUUUUCCUGCUUUAGCGCAGGUAACCCGCUCGGCUUCGUAGGUGGGGCGAUAAUAUCCGGUGUCGCGUCUAGAUUGUACAACUGGCGGGCGUCGUAUUGGGCGUUGGCGGCUGUAUAUGCCAUAUUCUCUGUGAUGACGAUUUGGACGGUCCCGCCAGAUGCACACCCGAGGGAGAAGCUGAGUUGGGAGGCGUUGAAGAAAUUUGACCUGGUGGGGUCGAUGUUGAUCGUCACCGGGUUGGCCCUAUUCUCGAGUUCCUUGACACUUGCUGGAGAUGCUCCGGAUGGCUGGAAAACAGGAUACGUUAUUGCCCUUUUGGUUGUCGGCGUGGUACUUGUCGCCGGGUUUUUGUUCUGGCAGUCUGUCGCUAAGUACCCAUUGAUGCCAUUGUAUAUAUGGAAGGACCGAGAUUUUUCUCUACUGAAUAUAAUUCUCGGCUUGGGAUUUAUGGGAUUCUCAUCGGGUUCGUUCUGGCUGGCCCUGUACCUUCAGCGAAUCAAAGGCCUAGACGCGCUUCAAGUCGCUCUUUAUCUUCUUCCCCAGGUUAUCAACGGAAUCCUGGUCAAUAUUGUCGCAGGCUUAAUCCUCCAUCGGGUGAACAACAAGCUUUUGAUGGGCAUCGGUGCACUCUCAUAUGUUGCCUGUUUUCUCAUCCUCAGCUUUAUGAAAGAAAAUGUGACCUACUGGGCAUUUAUGUUCCCCGCCCUUUUACUUUCGGUGGUGGGGGCUGAUAUUGAGUUUAAUGUUGUUAAUAUGUAUGUAAUGUCGUCUCUACCUACGGACCAGCAAUCCUUAGCUGGUGGGAUAUUCAACACCCUGACGAAACUCUGCCAAAAUAUUGGUUUGGGCAUGACUACUGCGAUCUACGUGGCAAUGGACCAUAAGAAUCCUGAUCCAUCGCAUAUCGAGCCGUAUCUAUCUACAUAUUGGCUCUCGGCCGGUUUCGCAGGAUUAGGAUUUGUCUUGGUAUUCUUUCUGAAAAUCGGAACUCAGGGCGGAUCAUCUACUGGGGAGGAGAAACGUGGUUUUACGGAGGAUACAAACACAGAAAGCGUAGGGAUAAAGAAAGAAGCCAAAUCCUGA